AUCCUUCGAAGGGCACAAACGGAAAAAGGGCAAAAAAAGAAAAUAGAUGGCGAUGGCGAUGGCGAGAUCGGGAAUUCAAGCCGCCCUUCGAAGAGGCGUUCGCAGCUCUCCUUCCAAGAAGACCUUCUCUUCCUCCGCCCAUCACGACGACGCCCAUGAAACGGCUAAAUGGGAGAAGAUAACGUAUCUUGGCAUCGCGACUUGCACUGUUCUAGCAAUUUACAACCUAUCGAAGGGUCAUCCUCACCAUGAAGACCGUCCGGCAUACCCGUAUUUGCAUGUUCGUAACAAGGAAUUUCCUUGGGGUCCCGAUGGCCUCUUUGAGGUAAAGCACCAUUGAUUGGCUGUCCUCCCAUUCCUAGGACAUUUCCAUUGAUGUUCUGCACAUUCCAAUGCCAGAUCGUAUUGUGGUUCAGGACAUUGGCAGCAGCUGAGUUGUUUCCUGUUUGUUUUCCGUUUUCUACUUGCAGCUGCCCAAUAAGAAUGUUGCUGUUUGCACACAUGAUUUCACUGAGAAUUUGAUAUUUGCUUGGUUCUCUUCA